CAAUAGAAAACAUAACAACAUACGCAGCGGCAGUUCUCUCAGGUAAGCUGCUGAAAGGAAUGGCCAGCAUAGCCGUACAGUUUCUGUCAAGAGCAGUCCGGCCACCGCUGCGGCGGCGCUUUAUUAUACAGAGGAGCAUUUUUCAGAGAGCACCUGUGAUGAAUAAACGAUCCUAUUCGGUGAAAUCGAGCCUUGAGCCGCCAGAUUUGAAGAAAUUAGCUGAAACAGCCCGGAUUUCCCUAACGCCUCAAGAAGUUGAAGAAUUUGCCCCCAAAAUCCGACAAGUGGUUGAUUGGUUUGGGCAACUUCAAGAUGUAGAUCUUCAGAGUGUUGAGCCAGCCCUAAGAGCAGAUACUGAAGAAGACAGCUUGCGGGAGGAUUUGCCUAUAAUAUUUACUAACAGAGAUGCUAUGAUAGCAGCUGUGCCAACCUAUGAAGACUCUUAUAUCAAAGUUCCUAAAGUCUUGAACAAGGAGUGAUUGCUGGUUGAUACCCUUAUUUUAUUCAUUUUUGUUUUUGACUGCAAGACUAAGGUAUGUCUCAAUUAGAGCAGCAUCCUGUUGCAUCUACAACAAACUUCAAUAUAUGAGAUUGCUACUAUUCUACUAAUUGAGUAUACCGAAGAGAAAUUCACCAUAGUUGGUUGGAAUAUCUGAUCAUAACUUUA